GUCGAGAAGAUGAAGUCGUUUCUGAGUUGGAUAUUUUUCUCACUCAUCCUUAUAGCUACUAUCAGUGUCGGUGUGGAAGCUCGUCGUCUGGUCCUGCGUCCUCUGACGAAGAGAGAACUCCGCAAUGCUCUGGAGGAAUCUGGAAUAGGCUCCGACUCGGCAGCUGGAAAAUCGGUAGCUUCAGCCUUAGCAGGGCUAAGUGGACUUGCCCUGGGCAUUACCAAGGGAAUUGGCGGUUCAUUACUGUUCGAUGUGGUCACUUCGAAUGUCACCAUCGAUUACAUCACUAGUCUGUUGAACUCCACCGCCUCUUCCACGACUUCGAGCAGCAGUGGAACCUCCCAGGAGAUCUGCUUCAGCAGCCGCAGUGUCGACGGAGAGGACCUUAAAGACCGAAGCCAGGAUGAGGCUUACGUGGACGACAGCGUAUAUUCAUCGGAAGAGUGGAGACAGUUACCUAGCAGCACCAGCACCGACAAUUCCUGGACAAUCAAUAAUCCAUCAACGGAUACCACCGCACCCACAACAGAUACAAACAGCGGAAAUACCUGUAUUGUCCUGGGAUCCAAGGGAUAUCGUCGGAGGCGCCAGCUUGAGAUUCGACCAGGAACCCUGCGUUCACGCGCCUCAAGGCGCCUACGAAAAUUCUACAGGAAAAGGUUUUAG